UUGCUUCGUAUUUGCCCGGAGGUCGACACUUUCCUGAUGAGUUUCUGCGGCCCUUCUUGUUCUCCCUCGCUGUCGGAUGACUCGUCCACCACCGGCCCCGAGCCCCCAACGGCACCAACGGCUGUGUGGUGAAUUCCGGUUGCGGUCUCUGCCGGUUUCUCCGGCUCCUGUGGGGAGAAGCAGUCACGGCAUUCACUUUUACAGAUUCAGGAUGCAUGCGCGUAUCUUACUGAAAGGCACAGCAGCAGCUGUCGCUGCUAGAAGGAUUCGUCAUAUAAUAAGACCUGUGAUAUCAAAGGAAGGUUGGAACUGCAGCGCUCAUGAGGUCAAACUCCUCAACACCUCUUCAGGUGACACAGUGAAAAUUGGAGAUAUUUUAUAUCAACUUAAAACUCCCAAAAGUCCAGAGCUUGUUCCAGUAAAUCAUAUAACAGAGGCUUUGCCACAAACAAUUACCCAGCACCUUCGCUGGAUCAUGCAGAAAGACUUGCUUGGUCAGGAUGUAUUUCUUAUUGGCCCUCCUGGUCCUCUCCGCCGUUCAAUUGCCAUGCAGUACCUGGAAUUAACAAAGAGAGAAGUUGAAUAUGUUGCUCUGUCAAGAGACACCACUGAGACAGAUCUCAAACAACGCAGAGAAAUCCGAUCAGGAACUGCCUUUUAUAUAGACCAGUGUGCUGUGCGAGCUGCCACUGAAGGCCGGAUUCUGGUCUUGGAGGGUUUGGAGAAGGCAGAGAGAAAUGUACUCCCAGUUCUGAAUAAUCUGCUGGAGAAUCGAGAGAUGCAGCUAGAGGAUGGACGCUUUCUCAUGUCUUCACAGCGCUAUGACAAACUCCUGGAGGAGCACACUAAAGAAGAGCUGGAUGCGUGGAAGAUUGUACGGGUGAGUGAAGACUUUCGAGUCAUUGCUCUCGGUCUGCCCGUGCCUCCAUAUAAAGGAAACCCACUGGAUCCCCCGCUUCGCUCACGCUUCCAGGCCAGAGACAUCUACUACCUGCCCUUCAAGGACCAGCUUGAGCAUCUGUACACAAUUGGACAAAAUGUGCCCCCUGAAAGGGUAUCUCAGCUCUUGUCUUGUGCCACUACUCUGUGCUCUCAAGAGUCUGCCAGUUUAAGCUUGCCUGACUUUCCUGUGGACAAUCUCCCAUCUGCCCUCACACUUCUGAACCUGUUCCCCAUGCUGUCAGCAGAGCAGUUGUUCCAGAGGCUUUACCCAUAUGAGGCCAUGCUGGGAAAAGAGGGACGCACUGCGGUCAAGGGGAUGCUCAGUAGGUUUGAGUUGACUGAUGGCAAUAACAAACCUGCUCCAACUGCUGUGGUGAACAUUGAGCCUGUAAGUGGAGAUCACACAGGGCAGGCAGCUGUAACCCUCAAAAUAACAGACAAGAACGUCACCUUUCAGGUUCCUUCAGGAACACGUCUGAUUCACCCACCCAACAGCAGUACCACGUUCAUCAGCACCCCUACCCACAGCCGCCUGCUGGCUGAGAUGACGCAGUCCCACUUUGUCAAAGACAUUUGUCUGAUCGGAGCCAAGGGUUGUGGAAAGUCUGUGAUUGCUAGAGAGUUUGCGGAAAUGCUGGGCUACAGUAUCGAACCGAUUAUGCUUUAUCAGGAUAUGACAGCUCGGGACCUCCUCCAGCAGAGGUACACCCUUCCUAAUGGAGACACAGCCUGGAGGGCUUCGCCGCUGGUCACUGCUGCUCAGGAGGGCAAACUGGUAUUACUAGAUGGCAUCCACCGAGUGAACCUGGGCACUCUAGCUGUGCUUUCCAGGUUGCUGCAUGAUAGAGAGUUGGCCCUGUACGACGGGACUCGACUCUUGAGGUGGGACCGUUACCAAACGUUAAAGGAAGAGUUGCAGCUCAGUGACCAGGAUCUGCAGGACAGAUCGAUUUUCCCUAUCCACCCAUCAUUUCGUAUCAUUGCCCUGGCAGAGCCUCCGCAGGUCGGCAGUAUCAAACAGCAGUGGCUCGGCCCGGAGAUUCUCACCAUGUUUUUCUUUCACACCAUCAAACCACUGGCCAAAGCUGAAGAAACUUCUGUUAUACAGACCAUGAUCCCAAGUGUUCCUAAAGAGGCGGUGGAGCAGCUGCUACACCUGACACACAGCCUGCGAAAGUCCAACGAUCCAACGGCCUUGUCCCUUGCAUCCUCACUGUCCACCAGGCAGCUGCUAAGAAUCUGCCGACGUCUUUCUCAGUAUCCACAGGAGAACAUUGCUCACGCUGUGAACAAAGCCUGUCUGUCCAGGUUCCUCCCCAGCCUGGCUCGCUCGUCUCUUCAAAAAAGUUUGACCAACUGCUCAAUAGAGGAGCAGCCUGACCCAAGAGCUGAACAGGACCAGCAUUAUACCUGCACAGUAAAAGAUGGACUUCUAACCAUCGGUAAUGUCUCCGCUCCGGUAUAUGUCCCUGAUGAGAAGAUGAAGAUCCCAGACGUGCUCUUUUAUGAAAAUGUUCAGCACAUGACGGUGAUGCAAGACAUGCUGAAGGACUUCUUGUUGGGGGAACACCUGCUUCUGGUGGGGAACCAGGGUGUUGGGAAAAACAAGAUUGUUGAUCGAUUUUUGCAUCUCCUAAACAGGCCUAGGGAAUAUCUUCAGCUGCACAGAGAUACUACAGUCCAGACUUUAACUUUGCAGCCCUCUGUCCGAGAUGGAAUCAUCGUUUAUGAAGACUCCCCAUUGGUGAAAGCUGUGAAGAUGGGACAUAUCCUGGUUAUAGAUGAAGCUGACAAAGCACCCACAAAUGUUACCUGUAUCCUAAAAACAUUGGUGGAGAGCGGAGAGAUGAUUCUGGCAGAUGGAAGGAGAAUAGUGUCAGGUCCAUCGGAAGCAUCAUGGAGGUCGAAUGUAAUCUCCAUGCAUCCAGACUUUCGGAUGAUUGUUUUAGCAAAUCGACCUGGCUUUCCAUUCUUGGGAAAUGACUUCUUUGGCGCUCUUGGUGACAUAUUUAGCUGCCAUGCAGUGGACAAUCCCAAACCUCAGGCAGAGUUUGCAAUGCUGAAACAAUACGGGCCUGACGUUCCUGAUGCUAUUCUCCAGAAGCUGGUGGCUGCAUUUGGAGAGCUCCGGAACAUGGCCGAUCAAGGAACCAUCACCUACCCAUACUCUACACGAGAGGUGGUCAACAUUGUAAAGCAUCUGCAGAAAUUUCCAGAUGAGGGCCUGGCAAACGUGGUGAGGAAUGUGUUCGACUUUGACUCCUAUAAUAAGGACAUGCGUGAGGUGCUGAUUGGAGCUCUGCACAAGCACGGCAUUCCGAUCGGAGCCAAACCCACCAGUGUACACCUGGCCAAGGAGUUGCCAUUGCCAGACUGUAAGAUGGCAGGGUACUGGACCAUCAAUCAGGAGGGCAAUGCACGCCGAAAGCUGUUGUGCCCAACUGAGUCACAUCAAAUAGAUAUCAAGGGUCCAGUGUUUUUGCGAAUUCAGAGUUACCCCUGUGAGAGGCACGAGUCUAGGUCCAUGAGCUUCACUGAGGAACAGGCUAACUGGCAAAUCCCCAUGAAUGAGGUUAACAUUGUCAGUGAUGUCACCACUGCUAACGAUUGGAUUUAUGUUGCCACAUGUAAUCCCGUAUCGCUCUAUGCUAUGAAGAAGAAAGGGGACUCUGUACAGUGUAUUGAACUCAAUGACAUAUUCCCUCGAACCAUCAGAAGCGUGUGGCAGCCUUUCCUCUCUGUGGCAGCACUGGGCAAUCCAUUGCAAAGCCAGCUAGUGCUUCAUGAAGAACAGGGUAAUACUUUGCUGCAUCUGGACAUGGUUACUGGUGCUGUGAGAAGGCUGGUUCUGCCUCAGGACAAACCAGAGGAACCAGUACGAAAGACAUCAAACUGGUGGGGUAACAAAGAGAGUCAGUCAGGAUAUAAAAUGUGCAAGGAGUUUGCCCAUAAGAACUGGCUUCUCAUCUACAAAGAAAAUGGGAGUCAGCUGGAUGUUGUUGAUGUCCUAGAGGGACAGAUUCACACCAUCUCCCUUCCCAUCACCCUGAAGGCUGUGUUCCUGGUGGCUGAAGACCGCUGGCUUCUUGUUGAAAAUCAGACUGAUAGGAAGUUCCUGUUGACAAAGCCAAUGCACAUGUGUGCUGAGGACACUGGAGUGUGCCAGCUGCAUGCCAUCACUGAAGAUGCUGUAAACACUGGCUUUGGCACCAGCUCAGGGAUGGAAACCUCGACUCCUCAGGAGGUAUCAAGUGAUCAGCUGCCCAACGAAAACCUUAGCUCUGCCCUGGGGCAGAAAAUCAUCUCACCCAAUCGCAUCUUCUGUGACACAAACACCUAUGCUAAUGUGAUUGUGGGCUUUCCUGAUCUCAUGUCUCCAAAUGAGGUCUACACUUUUAAGAGACCAUCACCCAUAACUGAGGGACGAGGACCUGAUAUGUUUUUCGGGUCAAGUAAGCGAACAGGACCCGCAAAGAGGCUUAACUGUGUAUGUCUAUUAGAUACCAAUCAGGUGGUCCGAGCACUGCCUCCAACACAAGUUCCACUGGCUGAAAUCUACCCUAAAGAUGUCACGCCACCCAUGACUGCUGGUUACCUUGAAGUGACAGACCUGAACUCUAAGAAACUCAAAUACAUUCCAGUGCCAAGGAGCAGUUCAAUGUCUCCGUACACUGUGUGGAUCUCAAAGGUUUCAGACACAGACAUAGUGAUGGCUCCUUUGGGCUCUGGUGGGGUUGUCACUGUUGACACGGGAGGCUAUGUUAGGUUGUGGGAAACAGGGCUUGACAACCUGCAGCGCUCUCUGCUGGAGUGGAGAAGCAUGAUCGGAUCUGAGGAUGGCAGGCCUGUUCAGAUAACCAUUCAGAGAGACAGUGGCCUGGAUGUCAGUUCCCCCAAACAUGGCAAGAUUGACACCAAAAACGCCCCUCAUGUGGGGGGGAACCAAUGGGCUGGGGGUACGGGCGGCAGAGAUACAGCAGGUCUUGGAGGGAAGGGAGGCCCUUACCGUCUGGACGCCGGUCACAAAGUUUAUCAGAUCUCACAGGUGGAGAAAGACGCCGUGCCAGAUGAAGUGAAAAGAGCUUCACAGGAGAUGGCUGAGAAAGCUUUCAAACAGAGGCUCAAAGAAAUCGACAUGAGUGAGUAUGAUGCUGCCACAUACAGUCGUUUUUCAGAAGCAGUCAAGAGACAGGUCCAUUCACUCCGAAUCAUUCUGGACAGUCUGCAGGCUAAAGGAAAGGAGAGGCAAUGGCUGAGGAAUCAGGCUCUUGGUGAGCUGGAUGAUGCAAAGAUAAUUGACGGCCUGACAGGAGAGAAGGCAAUUUAUAAACGCAGAGGAGAGCAGGAACCCGAGUUAGGAUCUCCUCAGGAGAAGGCAAAGCGUUUACGUCUGCUAGUGGACGUUUCUGGCAGCAUGUAUCGUUUUAAUGGGGUGGACGGGCGUCUGGAGCGAUCCAUGGAGGCCGUGUGUAUGGUGAUGGAGGCUUUGGAGAGCUAUGAACACAAAUUUAAGUAUGACAUUAUGGGACACUCAGGAGAUGGUUUCGACAUAGAACUCGUGAGAUGUGACAGAGUGCCCAAGAACAACAAGGAGAGGCUGAAGGUUCUGAAGACUAUGCAUGCCCACUCACAGUUCUGCAUGAGUGGAGACUACACUCUGGAAGGCACUGAACACGCUAUUAAGGAACUGGCACGUGAAGAAGCUGAUGAGCAUUUUGUCAUUGUGUUGAGCGACGCCAACUUGGAGCGCUACGGGAUCAGACCCGAUCGUUUUGCGUGUGCCCUCACCAGUAAUCCACAGGUCAAUGGCUUCGCCAUCUUUAUUGGUUCCCUAGGAGACCAGGCUGACAGGCUCCAGAGAACCUUGCCGGCUGGACGCUCUUUUGUCGCCAUGGACACCAAGCAGAUCCCUCAAAUCCUUCAGCAGAUUUUCACAUCCACCAUGCUGUCUAGUGCCUGAGAGAACACCAGCAUCUGGCAAUCUCGGAAGACCUGACAGGUCACCCAUGGUGAUCUCUAUGUCCAAUACGUCUUGAAUGGAUGUUUAGUAACAUGCCUGGAGCACAUAUUUACCUUUUGAAAGAAAGAAAAAUGUUGUACUUUACUUGAAGAAAAUGAAGCCCAAUUCAAAAAUCUAAAAUGUAUGCAAUUCUAAAAAGGCUUCUUUUUUUCUUUUUUAUUGGGGAAUGAUGUGAUUCUGUGAUUUUGAUCAUUUUUCAUCUUGACACAAGAUGCCAGAGACCUGUGUGGCUUUAGAAGGCCUUAAAUAUGGACAUUCAUGCUUAAAAUCUGUAGUCCGUAGUAAUCUGUAGUAAUUCUGUCAAAUGAAUAAAAUGUAAAUGUAAUACACAAGAAGUGAACUUUACAGAUGGUACAUGAAGUGUGGACGGUUAUAGAUGUUUUAAGUAUGACAGUCUCUUUUAACCAGUGCAGAUCUGUGACUCCUCUUCAGGGGAAGCAGUAAUGCAAAGCUCGGCAAAACGUAUUUUGCCCGUCAUUGUGUGGCACGUCACGUCAAAAUAAGUGUUCAGGGUGUCAUGUAAACCUUUGUGCAUCAUGCAUCAUGUCAAAAUACGUGCCUGCUGCAGACGCGUUGAAAGGCUUUAUGAUAAAAGAGACGCUUGCGUUCAGAAGGCACUGCGUUAACACUUAACUCUGAUUACACAAGCACUGAACACGUAUUUUGACAUGACGAGCCACACAUGACACGCUGAAAACAUAUUUUGAAACCUGCUUCGCCUGAAGAGGAGGCACCGAUCGCCAAUGGUUUUAACGUAAUCUGUAGUGAUAGUUCUCCGAAGAAUAAAAAUUCUGUCAUCAGUUACUCACCCUCUUGUCAUUUCAACCUGUAUGACUUUCUUCCACAGAACACAAAAUAAGAUAUUUUGAAGAAUGUUUUUGACAUUCUUACCCCAAUCACUUGCAUUGGUUUUAUGGCCAACAGUAGAAGGGAAUGGGGACCAGUGCUUUUCGUUUACCAACUUUCUUCAAAAUAUCUUCUUUUGUGUUCUGUGGAAUAGUCAUUAAGGUUUAUAAUGACAAGAGGGUGAGGGAAUGAUGACAGACUUAAGAAUUUUGGGUGAACUAUCUCUUUAAAUACCUCGGUACACACAUGCCACUUUUGUUAAUGUUGAUAUAAUGAAUAUUAUAUCAGGUUAAUGCAUUGAUUUUAUUGUGUGUUUAAUAGGGCUGGAUGAUGUAACUGAAAUAUAUCUAUAGUUUGUAUAUAUUUAGAAAGGUUACUAGAAAGGUGUUGUUUAUGCACAACAAAAUAUAGCUAAAUCUGAUUAAAACAUUUUAACAAAAUGUCGUUCAAUCAUUUCCAUUGCAGUAGACUUAAAUAACAAUACAUAAAACAUUAUAAAUAUAAAUGAAUGCCAGAGCAACUCUGAACAAUUUUGAAACAAAAUGAAACAAUAAUAAAUUUAAAUUAUUUUAUCUCCUGCAAUAUCAUCUAAAAAGGUAUUGUAAAUGUUCAUAUCUCAUCCCCAGCAGUAUAAUAAUAGAACAAAAGAUGUGUCUCAGAGUUAGCUCUUGUUUUGUUUGUAUGUUAUGCAAGAGCUUCCUUUUAUUACAUUUGUUGGGAAUUUUCUAGUGUCCUCUAAACACCUCACGAUUUUAAAGGGGUCACAUUAAUCUAAUCUAAUCACAUCUAAUUAUUCGAGUUUCACCUGUAUGUAUAAUAAUGCGAGUAGGAGAGAGUGAGGUACACCCUAAUACAUUUGGUUUUGGUUCAGUCACUCAAAAAAUAUUUGAGUCAAUCAGAAUCAAUCCUGAACCUACUGUUUUCAUACAAUUACAUAGAAAUGCAAAUGUUACAACUUAUCCCAUCGUGGGGGUUAAUUGUCACAGACAGAUAUACAGUUAUAUACUAAAUGGAAAAUGUUCACGCAUUUGUCUAUAAUAGAUCAAAAUCCACAUAUCAGUCCAUUCCUCGUCCAUCAUUUAACCAUCCUUCUAUUAUGAAUGGAAACAUACAGUAUGUAUAGAUCCUAUGUAAAAAUGCUGUACAAUUAUGACAAAAAAAUAAUUAUCCUAAUAUUGAAAUCACUGUUAUCUUUUUAAUAAGAGAAAUUAACAUUGUUUUUAUUAUUGUCAUAUACUUAAAGGCUAGUAGUGUAACACUUGGAAUAAGAUAAAAGGUUGGAUUUGGUGACUUGAAAUCGAAAGACAUGCCAAAGAAAAAUGCCGAAAGCACAAAUCACGUAACCCUGCAUAACAAUAAAAAUGUCUGUGUUAACCCUGCAGUAGGUUGUGCAGACUCACCUCUAAUUUAUACAACAACAAAAAAGAAGUACAAUUCUAUAUCCAGUUUUUUGCAAAUUCAGCUUUAUCCCGAUUCAAUUAUCAGUUAAAUUCAGAAUGGUUUACCAUACAACCCUAGUCAAGCUAUAAAAAGCAGUGUUUUAUUUUGGGCACAAUUUUUUUUUUGUAUUUUUACUUCGGAAGAUUAUCGUUUUCUGUACAUCCUGUGUUUGUGAGUGAACUUGAGGCAAACAUUUAUUCUGGACAUCCUGUAAUAUUUGACCUCUGUUCUGUACCAGGCCAAUGUUAGCAGAGCUGAGUUAGGAAUGUUGUCCACCUGACUACACAUGCUCUUUCUGUGCUUCUGUGCUUGAGAUGCAUGUUUUCCAAGUCCUCCAUCUUUGUCAGUGGUAGUCUUAUUCCUUCCUGUCUUAUGCGACCCACUGACGCCUGGCCCUGCCACCCUGCCCCUCGCACAGAGCUGAGGAAUCCAGCACCUGACUCCAGUUACCCAACAUUCUCGAGAUGUUGCCGAGGAGAAAGUGUGGAUGUAAUUUAUAGAGCCUGCCCAACUGGAUGACUUUGGAUAGCCUAGGGGUUAUAGGAAGAUAGCUGGACUGGGAUUCCAGAAUGUUUCUAUUUACAACUCUGAUGCUGUCUUCCUAAACCUAUGUAUAUGCCUACAGUACAUUACAUAGGACCCUUUAAAUGCAUGAUUGGGGCUUUUUUUCUUGUAAAGGCAACAUUGCAUUUAUCCAUAGCAGAGAAGACAACCUCAGAAUGUAAAUCAAAUAAAAAAAAUCAAACCGAGAUGGCUUUAAGUCCUAAAUGCGCUUUUGUUCUGACUCCAGUUGUCUGGUGGAGCCAAAACACACGUGCUGCUGUCAUAUACAGUACUCCACUUGAGUGGAGUGUGCCAUGCACCUCUUUAUGAAUAAAUGAAUGAUCUUCCUUUGCUUCCUUCAAGCACACAGUCCCCUGUUUAUAUCCAUAUUGUAGUACUGUAGUACUUGUCCAGAUUAACUGUAUUUUAAAACCCACCAAAAUUUCUUGUAAAAACAAUGUAAUGACUCACAAUAAUAACUAUUAUACAAAGUGUAACUUUGUGGUUUGUUUUGAUGUUGGUAAGUGCCGUGAACGUGUAUAUUAUUAUUGUCCUCCUCUUAUCCUUUGAUCUUGAUGUGGUCUUUUUUUAUCCCUAACGGUGCUAUGUAAAUGUAUAAAAGUGUAAUUAUCAAAGAUGUCUAAAAUGUGUGAAAAUUUCAGCUGACUGUGUUCGAAAUAAUGAAUAACCAUGCUUUUCACCCCACAGUCUCUCUGAAGUCUUGCUAUGUAUGUUUGUUCCUUGCUUCUUUCUUUCAUCUCUAUGCACUGAUCGUGUACUAGGAGAGAGUGAUCUUUGAAAGUGGUCUUCACUCCACACCAGUUACACUAUAAGCCCUUUUUUAAAAUCUACUAAGCUUCCUACUAAACAACAUAUCAUGAAAAUACCUGAAUCCCAAAAGCUGCCUUCUGAGUUGCCUUGGAUGUGGCCUAAAUCUGCCCUUAUCCUUUUUUGGUUUUGUAGCAAUGCAAAUUGUCAAAGGCUAUAUUGAAAAAUAAUUGAAUUUAAAAGGGAAGGUAUUUCAGAAUGCACUGCAUCAACAAAACCUUUCUUCAGUGUUUAGAAGCACAUAUUUAUGUAUAACAGUCACUCUAGACCUUAUUGCUUUCUUUUUUUUAUGUUUUUUGAGCCCAUGAACUAUGGUUUGCUAGCCAGAGCUCUACCAAACGAGAUAACAGAAUUAAACAUCAUACAAACUUGUUAUCAUCAGUAAAACUGUGGGAAAAUCAAAGCUGUGUGUAGCAGCCUAGGUUUUUGUGAUCGCGGUUUUAUACAAUAAAUUACUGCUGUAUUCCAGAAAGCAGGGUUAACUAUCUAUUAGCUAAACCCUGAACUCUGGGUUGAUUAACCCAAAUCUUGCUUACUCGGGUGAUGUCGGUUCGAGAACAAGUUUGAAGAGUAAGUUUAAUCAACCUCACGAAAGAUACCCAGAGUUAACAAUUGCUCGCAGAAACAACAAAAAGACAUUGUCGAUGGAUCACAGAUUUCACGAGUCACCAUGGAAACUGCUGGGAAACUUAAAGUUUUUGACUGUAAAACAACAUUAUAAAUCAGAGGGUUUUUUUCUUCACAGAAGACUUAAAUCUG